UACAGCACUACUAACAAUCAACAAGGGAUGGUUUGAAAAGUGGACAAGCGAUGGUAAUUCGCAAAAUCGAACACGGUGAGUCCUCGGAUUUGGCUUCUUAUUUUAGCGAUCUACAAAACGACAACUAAAAGGUGCGCCACGUAACUUUCACAAACAGAAAACGACAUUACUAUGACCAAAUCAAAACACGACACGUACUCAACUGGAGGAUAAGCGAAAGCUAAACACAUACAGUGGAACUACCUCUAAUUUCCAGUAUAUAUAAUAAUCAAAUUCUACCCUCCCACACAUCUUUUUUUUUUUUUUCUUUCCCCUUCUCCUUCUUAGAGUGAAAAUUCUAGUGUGACAAAAAGAAAGACACGUGAAGUUCAGUGACAGAUGCUGUAGAAGCUGCCACGUAUCUCUGAUUCUCCAUGGCCGUCGUUGACAACAACCUCCACCUCCACCACCACCACCACCACCACUCGAAAUCAAACUCCGACUCGAAGCUUUUUAGACUCUGUCCCUUUUGGCAAUCGGGGGGUCAAACGGGGUCGUCUUCGUCUUCGAAUAAUAAUCUUCAGAGCCAGAGCAGCCGACAUCUUGUGAGUGAGAGUUCCAAACCGAAGCCCAAAACGGUGUCGUCUGUAGCUAGAUCGCUUCUCCCUCCACGCCGGCGAAUCCGACUUGACCCUGCCAAUAGUCUCUACUUUCCCUAUGAACCUGGGAAACAAGUGAAGAGCGCAGUUAGGUUAAGGAACACGAGCAAGUCCCAUGUAGCUUUCAAGUUUCAAACUACUGCACCAAAAUGUUGUUACAUGCGUCCACCAGGUGGGGUUCUAGCUCCGGGAGAAAGCCUUGUUGCAACUGUGUUUAGGUUUGUGGAACAUCCUGAGAACAGCCAAAAGCAUUUUGAUCAUAACGCCAAGGUGAAGUUCAAAAUCAUGAGUUUGAAAGUGAAAGAAGAUAUAGACUAUGUCCCUGAGCUGUUUGAUGAACAAAAGGACGAAGUUGUAGUUGAGCGAAUUUUAAGAGUUGUGUUCUUAGAUGCACACCGUUCUACUCCUGCGCUAGAAAAGCUGAAUCGGCAGUUAGCUGAAGCUGAGGCUGCAGUUGAAGCGCGGAAGAAGCCUCCUGCAGAUGCAAGGCCUCGAGUUGUCGGUGAAGGUCUUGUCAUUGAUGAAUGGAAAGAGCGAAGGGAGAAAUACUUGGCUCGGCAGCAGAUUGAAGCAGUAGAUUCCUUGUAAAAUGCAGUUUUCUCGUGCUUUUGUUAAAGGUUUUCGCAAGCUUUGAAGCGCUUCUAUCUGUCGGCCUUCAAAAAUGAUAGAUUGGGGAAGUAGUGAAAUGGCUUUUGUUAGUCUAGUAAAGCAUAACAGUAUUGUAUAGAGGCGAAGAAGAAGAAGAAGAAGAAGAAUUGAAAUGUUUUACUGCCAAUAUUUUUGUGAAAACGAGUCAUGUGAGGCCAUGUAACCUAACCCAGGGCUGAGCCUUGUGCCUGUUGUAGAUAGUAAAUUUUGCUGAUGAAAAUGGAAAUAAAGGAAUCUGGUUUUGUAAA